UUUUGUGUUGGUUAAGGGCAGUCAGGUCUGGAGAGAACCAAGGGCUAUAUCUGUUCCUGGUUCUACAUUUCUUGAAUGGGGCAUGCUUAUUUAAGAUGGUGAGGAAGGCAUUUAAAAAAAAUAACCAGGCAUCCUCUACUGACGGGAUGAGAUCAAUAUCCUUCCAGGAUACCCCGGCCAGGUCGAUUAGAAAGGCCUGCUCGCUGAAGUGUUUCAGGGAGCGUUUGACAUUGAUGAGUGGAGGUCGUUUGACCGCUAACCCAUUACGGAUGCAGGCAAUGAGGCAGUGAUCGCUGAGAUCUAGGUUGAAAACAGCAGAGGUGUAUUUAGAGGGCAAGUUGGUUAGGAUGAUAUCUAUGAGGGUGCCCGUGUUUACAUAGACAAUAUUUUAUUCGACGCUUGCACGUCCCACUCGUUCUUAUUAUAUUUCAGUGGUUCCACUUUUUAGCCUAUGACUUGGGUGUGUUAUUUAGCCUUGAAAUACUUAGCUGUCGCACGUGUGAAUGGGGCUCAAAGGUAAAGGCACUGUCUUGAGGGAGGUUAUCUUUGCCACGCGCAGGAUCCACGGAUAGUGAGUUACACCACCAACUUUCAAAGUGCAGAAACCUGUCGCAGUGAUAGCGAGCAGUAGGCUAUUUCUUCUUAUUUCUAAAAGCGAGUUAUUCAGGGGGGCUGCUGCAUUGAUUUUACAGUUAACAAAGAUAACCAACUGAAACGGAGCUUACGCCAACGUUGUAUGGAACUGCUGUAGGUAAUGAAAUGACAGACUUUCUCACUUUUCCCGCACUGCUCCUGAGCGUUCUGUUGCUACUGCUCAGCGGCAUCAUCACACCUGCAUACACAGAUGAUGCGUGCAGCUGCACCGGAAAGUCCAGGUGUCACUGUGAUGGAGUAAAAGGCAGUAAGGGUGAGCCUGGGUAUCCAGGUUAUGAUGGGUUGCCUGGAGUGGUUGGUUAUCCAGGUUUUGAAGGUAAUCCUGGACCUUUUGGCCCUAAGGGAAAUCUUGGCUUUCCUGGAUUGUCAGGACCCAAAGGCUCACGGGGUCUCCCUGGGAAACCUGGGUUCUCUGGUCCACCUGGGCAGCCAGGAAUCCCAGGAAAUGAAGGACCAAUGGGGCCAUCGGGAAUCCCGGGGUGCAAUGGGACGAAGGGGGACAGUGGAUACCCAGGGUUACCUGGGGUGCCGGGACCUGUUGGAUUACCAGGUGUCCAUGGAUUGCCAGGAUUUAAGGGAGACUCCUACUACUUCCCACCCGCUGCUGAGGUUGAUGGACAUAUUGGACCACAAGGGAGAGAUGGUGGCAAGGGUCAGCGAGGGUUACCUGGACUGCCGGGUCUUCCUGGGCUGGAGGGACCGAGCGGGACUCCAGGAUUACCUGGGUUAACGGGUGUACCAGGAGAGAAGGGUCAGGAAGGUCCAAGCCCUGUCAUUCCAGGCCCAAGAGGUCAAGAGGGUGACCAAGGCCCUCCCGGGAGACCUGGGCAGAAGGGCAUAAAGCUGUAUGCAGAGGGUCCCAAGGAACUGAAGGGGGAGCCAGGUGAUACAGGAGAGAAGGGGUGUAAAGGCCAGCAUGGUUUCCCUGGGCGUCGUGGAUAUAAAGGGGACAAAGGCGACCAAGGAGAAUCUGGGGCUCUGGGGAAACCUGGGAAAGAUGGGAACCCUGGGACCUAUGGAAUUCAGGGUGAUAAAGGUGAUGUGGGCUACCAGGGACCUCCUGGAACAGAAGGUUCAAUGGGUGACAAAGGUGACCGCGGACCCACAGGUCCUCCAGGGGAUUUGAUUCAGAUCAAUGGGAGAGUCAAAGGCUUGCAGGGUUUUCCUGGGCCCCUCGGACCCCCUGGCUAUACUGGUAAUCAAGGUGUGAUUGGUUUUCCUGGAAUGAAGGGGGAACCAGGGUUGUUUUUCCCUGGGGCCCCUGGGAAUCCUGGGCCCCCUGGUUUAGCUGGGGAUAAAGGGGAGAGGGGGGAACCCGCCCCCUACAUAAUUGGCCCCCCUGGACCCACUGGGCCCCCUGGAAAAGAUGGCCCCAUAGGCGACCGUGGUCCCCCUGGAAUUCCAGAUCUGUUGAGAGGCAACCCUGGACCACCCGGUCCUAAAGGCAUCAAAGGCAUCCCAGGACAACCAGGAAAUAGUGGCGGGUUCGGAGAAACAGGUGAGAAGGGUGAUGUCUGUCGACUCUGCAUGUCCACUGAUGUGAGGCCUGGACCACCAGGACCUGCCGGAGAGCCUGGUAGGCCUGGAGAGAAAGGUCGAGAUGGUGAUCCUGGAUCCAAGGGAUUUAGAGGAGUCAAAGGUCUUGGAGGUCCACCAGGUCCACAGGGUCCCUAUGGUUUACCAGGUGUGCCAGGUUCUCCAGGACCCAAGGGGGACAAAAGUCCCAUGUCCCCAGGAGACAGGGGGCCUGUUGGCACACCUGGGGCUCCAGGAGUUCCUGGGAGCGAUGGGACUGACGGGGUCCCCGGAUACCCAGGACUGAAAGGCCAGCCUGGGCUAAAGGGCAACCCUGGACCUCCGGGGCCCAAGGGUGAUCGGGGCGAUGCCGGCUCUCAGGGUAUACGUGGACGGACAGGCCAGAUGGGGACUCAGGGCCCCCCCGGUGUGGGGCCCCCAGGGGGCCCUGGACAGAAGGGCAACCUGGGGGUGCAAGGCCUGCGAGGGAGACCUGGAGAUCCAGGAGAGAAAGGCUCAGCGGGUGAGACGAUAACAACCACAGGAGACCCAGGACUGAAGGGAGAGAAGGGUCAUCAAGGCAACCCAGGACCUUCAGGGAAUCCUGGUAUAAAUGGCUAUCCUGGCUUCCCUGGCAACUUCGGCGCCAAGGGGGAUAGAGGUCUGUCUGUCCGGGGCCCUCCUGGCAACACUGGGCCUAAAGGUGAGAAGGGCCAGCCAGGGCCUGCUGGUGCCCCAGGGAUUGGUAGUAUGGGACGACCAGGACCAUCCGGGGCUCCCGGGAUGCCAGGCCCUAAGGGUGAUUUCAGACCAGGGCUCCCAGGGCUGCCAGGUAGACUAGGCCCCCCAGGGGAGGAUGGUUCUCUGGGGCUGACUGGAAACUCUGGUCUGCCUGGGCUUGAUAGAUUGCCUGGCCUACCAGGAAGAGAUGGUCCACAGGGAGACAGAGGCAGUAAAGGUGCUGAGGGCUUGCCUGGUCUGCCUGGGGAUCCUGGAGCGUGUACACAAGGCAUUCCAGGCCCUCCGGGGGCUGUAGGUCUCAAUGGAAUCAUUGGCUUCACAGGGACCAGAGGACAGAAGGGGGCGCAGGGCGAUUCAGGUCUGCCUGGCAGAGGGGCCCCAGGAUUGAUGGGGCCGUUUGGACGGCCCGGGUUUGAUGGGCCCCCGGGACCUGGGGGGGCUGCCGGCCUGAAAGGAUUCAGAGGAAGAGAUGGUGUUCCUGGGACACCAGGCCUGAGAGGAGACAUGGGGCCAUCAGGAGCGUGUGGUACACCAGGACCAGACGGAGGCCCAGGACCAGGGGGACGACUUGGCCCUAAAGGUCGGAUGGGUGCUGAUGGUGUGAAGGGCCGUGUAGGAGUCAGGGGACCUGUGGGAGAUUCUGGGGCUCCUGGAGAUAUUGGAGUCACAACAUACAUCGAGGUCCAUGGGGACCCUGGGGACCCAGGACCUAUAGGUCUGAGGGGCAUAACAGGUGCCAAAGGAGAUCUAGGUGUGAUAGGGCACAAUGGAGCCAGUGGCAAGGAUGGGAUUCCCGGGAUUCCCGGGCCGCAAGGUGCUGUUGGCGACCCAGGCAGAGAUGGCCAGAAAGGAAGUCCUGGUUUCAAUGGAAACCCUGGAGUCGCAGGAGAUAUGGGUGUGCCAGGUGUAAAGGGUGAGAAAGGGGGAACAGGAGGUCGUGGAGAGCCUGGUUCAUCUGGAAGACCAGGUCCAAAUGGAGUAAAUGGAGUGAAAGGAGAGCCCAGCCUCCCUGGACCAGGAGCUAAAGGACGACAAGGAGAAAAGGGAGUGCCAGGGUUUCCAGGUUUUCCAGGAGAGAAGGGGGAGAUGGGUGUAGCGGGGAGGUUCGGAACCCUGGGGGCCAUCGGCCCCACAGGACCCAAGGGAAGAGAAGGACUACAGGGAUCACGAGGACCUCCGGGACCAGCCGGGGAGAAGGGCAUUAAUGGUCUCCCAGGCAAUAAUGGCUGUCAUGGCCAGAAUGGCCUGCAAGGGAGCCCAGGAUUGGCUGGUGACCCAGGGUCUGCAGGCCCCAGAGGUGCCCAGGGUCGAGACGGCAUCCCUGGCCCAGCAGGAGAGAAAGGAGACAUGGGAGCCCCUGGCAUUGGACCAAAAGGCACAGACGGAAAGAUGGGCCAAUCUGGACUUAAGGGGGAUGCAGGGAUACCUGGCCGCUUUGGCCCUCCUGGUCCCUCAGGGCCUUUGGGGGACGUUGGACCUCCAGGCCCCCCUGGUCCUAUGGGACUGUCUGGAAGUCCUGGCCGGGAUGGAAUGUGCUUCGAAGGGCUAAAAGGAGACCGUGGACAAAAUGGUGUCCCUGGACCCCAAGGUAUGCAGGGGCCACGGGGACCUCCUGGUCCACCGGGACCUGGCUUUAAAGGAGAUAAAGGGAACAAAGGCGCCAUGGGCCUCCUGGGUACGCCUGGGUAUAGAGGAGACACAGGGUUACAGGGCAGACCGGGUAAUGAUGGCACACCAGGUGGUUUGGGAGUCAAAGGGGAGAUGGGACAGUUAGGAGACAUCGGACCAAACGGUCAGAAAGGAGAUGCAGGACCUGCAGGACCUGUAGGUUGCCCUGGACAGAAAGGGCUGCCUGGAGCACCAGGGCCUAAGGGGAAUGAUGAUUACAUCGUGGUGACACUGAUCCCUGGAGAACAGGGGCUGCCAGGUGACCUGGGGGGCAGAGGAGAGCCUGGACCCACAGGAGCUCAGGGACGCAACGGACCACCAGGACUCCCAGGUCCAAAAGGUGUCUUGGGCCUAGAUGGGCCAGUAGGCCUGCCUGGAUUCCAGGCCGCCAAGGGAGACAGAGGGUUCCCUGGACCACAAGGUAUCCAAGGUGAGCAGGGGACUCCAGGAGCCAAAGGCCCCCGGGGCUCUCCAGGUCCUUACUUUUCCGGGCCAAUAGAGGACGGUUUCCUAUUCACCCGUCACAGCCAGAGGCAGAACGUGCCCCAGUGCCCAGGGGGCAGCAACUUCAUCUACUCCGGAUACUCCCUCCUCUUCAUCAACGGCAACAACAGAGGUCAUGGCCAGGAUCUGGGUACACUGGGAAGCUGUCUGCCUCGUUUCUCUACCAUGCCCUUCUUAUUCUGCAACACGGACAGCACGUGCCGCUACGCCUCCCGUAACGACUACUCCUACUGGCUGUCCACGGAUGAGGCCAUGCCAAGCGACAUGGCUCUCAUCUCUGGUGACUCACUGGAGAGCUAUGUCAGCAGGUGUGCAGUGUGUGAGACCAAAGCAAACAUCAUCGCUGUUCACAGUCAGACCAACCAGAUCCCUGUUUGUCCACGGGGCUGGCUCUCUCUCUGGGCUGGCUACUCUUUUGUCAUGCAAACAGGGGCUGGAGCGGAGGGCUCUGGCCAGCCCCUGGCCUCUCCGGGCUCCUGCCUAGAAGAGUUCCGGAAGAUUCCCUUCAUUGAGUGCCAUGGGCGAGGGACAUGCAACUACUACACGGACUCCUACAGUUACUGGCUGGCCUCCCUGGACCCCGAAAACAUGUUCAGUAAACCCAGGCCUCAGACAGUGAAGGGAGACUGCCCGGGUAGUAUAGUCAGUCGUUGUCAGGUCUGUAUGAAGCAGUGGCAGCGGCUCUAAGUGCUAAAGAACUGAUGGGGAAUGAACUGGAGAUGCACCUCCCGCCAUCAGCCACUGUAGGGCAACAAAGAGACUGAUUAAUUCUUGCAUUUCAAUCAUGGUGCUUCCUGGGAGACCAAAGGAUGUCUCAACUCUUACAAGUGCUGAUCCUCGUUUCCAUGUUUCCUCCCCUCCAGUCCUCUCCUCGCCUCACUUUGACGUUUUCAGCAAGGGAAGGACAGAAGGAGAGCGCACAAGGAAACUAGGAAAUACUAUUGAGAUGCAACCCAGUAGUGGCCUCUGCUCAGUCUGACGUUUUGUUCUCACUUUUACGGUUUGUCUGUAUUUUGUUUGUAUUGUUAAACCACUGGACUGUUUUAUGGUAGAUGGUCAGUGUGAUCCAGGGCUAGAUUCAAUCAGUUCAGCAUUAAGCCGUGAUCAAGCCGUGAUCAAGCCGUGAUAACCGACAACUGCUUAGCAUAAUCAUGCGAUGACGGAGGUGUAACUGCGUUGGAGCCGAUGGCACUAUCAAAUUAAUAUUUUUUGAUAGCUCCAAAAGUUAAUACGUUGUCACAUGUGCUAGCAAAGCAGAGGUCAUGGGUUUGAGCCUCAGUGUGAGACAUAUCAGGAGGGAGUGGUUCUCGCUAAUCAAGCAGUGUGAUGUCAGUAGCAGUGGUGGAAUUCUGAAGUGUUUAGGGCUAUAUUAUCUGCUCAGAUUCAGCAAAAUGCUUCAAAACUCAUUGGACGGCGCUUCACAGUGCAGAUGGACAAUGACCCGAAGCAUACUGCGGAAAAAAAAGUUUGGGGUUGCUUAAGUCAAAGAAGUGGAAUGUUCUGCAAUGGCCAAGUCAAUCACCUGACCUGAAUCCAAUUGAGCAUGCAUGUGACUUGCUGAAGGCAAAACGCCCCAAGAACAAGCAGGAACUGGAGACAGUAAAGGCCUGGCAGAGCAUCACCACGGAAGAAACCCAGCAUCUAGUGAUGUCUAUGGAUUCCAGACUGCAUGCAGUCAUUGACCGCAAAGGAUUUGCAACCAAGUAUUAAAACACGCAAUUUAAUUUAUGAUUGUUAGUUUGUCCAAUUACUUUUGAACCCCUAAAAUUGGGGGGCUAUGUAUAAAAAUGGUUGUAAUUCCUACACGGUUCAUACAGUAAUUUUGACAAAACCCUUAAACUAAAGAUGAAAGACUACACUUAAAGCAGAUCUUGAUUGUUUCCUUUCAAAUCCAUUGAGGUGGCGUACAGAGGCCAAAAUGAUGCAAACUGUGUCACUGUCAAAAUACUUAUACCUGACUGUAUAUAAAUAAUGACACUCAAAAAUCAUUCAACAAAAUAAUAAGGAUAUAUAUCAGCCUUAUCAAGGUCUGGAUUCACACAUUCCAGUGUUUGAACUUGUAAUGGCAUGGGAUUUUUACUAAUGCGACUUGGUGUAUAAAGCUGGGAGCAGCUUGUGGAUUUGACAGCUCUAAUGCAAUUACACCACCGGCACGGCGCUAAACAAAACAAAUUAUAUGCUAUGCAGUUGUUGAAUAUUGUGGGUUAACGCUGAACUGAUUGAAUCUAGGCCCCAGUCUUUUUGAUACAUUUGAAUGGAAAGUUAACUGCCUGACAAAGUUCCUGACUGCCUGAUCGCUCUUGUUGGAUGCUAUGUAACAAGAAGGAGGAAUGCUGUCUUCACACAAAAAGUCAAAAAUAAUACUAAAUGUAUUGUGCAAAAGUAAAAUACGCACACACACAAAAAACUGAUCUAAAAUAAUGCAAAAGUCAUGGUGCAAAAGUGAAACAUGCUUUUAAAAAGAGUGAUCAUCUUUUGCAUUUAGUCAAGUAAAAAUAUGAAUUUCCCACUGAAUCCAGAGAUGUUUUGCAGUGUGCAUAGCCUCUCUUUUUCCUUACUGCUACUACUGCUCCAUCACCUACAGCAUGCUGACUGAACACAUUUUGGCUGGGCAGAAACAACUUUUUCUCAUCACAGGAUACACAUUUGAAUGAAAAGUUGAAGAUUGAAUUCCACCACUUUUAAACCUCAUAUUCGUUAUCUCCAGCGCCGUACCGCAUAUGUGCAAACGGCACGUUUUACGGUCUGUUAAAAGAUGAGAAGAAAAGGUCCUAAGAAAGUGCCACGUGAUGAUGUCAUCAACAGUAAAAAGCAAUAAUGGUGUUGUAAAUAAUGAAUAUAAGUUUAAAAAGCGGUGGAAUUUCACUUUAACUAUCGGGCCAGUUACCUGUUGGCCUGUUUGUUGGUUGAAUGUUAUGUUGUCCGUUGGGUGCUAUGAGUAUGCUAGCAAUCUGGUAGAAGAUUGGUACCUUAUUGGGGGUACCUUACCCCCAAAGCUAAUCUUAACCAUUAGGGGGAUGAAAGAAGACGAUCAGUCAGUUACAGAUUAGCCAUUAAGGCCAGACAGCUGAACUAGGAUCAGUUUUGAUAUCUGCAAUUGAGUUUCGGAGGGAAAAAGCGUGAUCAUUUCACUUCAAGCCAGCGAGUAUAAUGCACUGUCAUAAAAAAACAUAUGAUACUCUAGCAACAUCUUAGUAGCAUCUCAGUGAUCCUGAGUUAUUAACAAUAUGUUUGAGUCACAUAGAAAGAUUGAACAGAUGUAUCUGUCUGAAAGAUUGACAGCCAAUACAUGCUUAUAACAAGUCAUAAUGCAUUAUACCGACAGGAGUAAAGUAUUACCAAAAAAGCAUUUAGCAAUGAAAUGUGUCGCUCAUAUCACUAGAUCUGAUUUCAUUAGAAGUAACUUUAUCGUACAUUUCUAAACACUGUAGUUGGUUGAAUACUGCUGUAUAGCCACGAUGGACAUAGAGCAAUUAUGUUGUAAUAAUCCCUUUGUCAGGGAGAUAUGGAAUAAUAUGAUUAAGCAUUUGUUAACAUGCUCUCAACUUGGCCCUUUAAAAAGAUUGAGCUUAAGUGUAGUAUUUAUAUGGAGAGAUACAGUUAUCAUGAUUUCACUGUCCAUUGGCGUGUUGCAUAAACUUCAGUUUUGACUCGUUCUAUGUAUUCUUUCCAAUGGAACCAUGGCCACUGUGUUGAUCACAUUUAAUACCAACGUGAGUAGGCUAUUCAUUUCCCUUUUAUCUGUACAAUAAUAUCACCUUGGUUUCCUUGAAGCGUUCCAUUGUUGUGCCUUGCCUCCAGCCUUGUAACUGACAUAGUGUACCAAGUGCUUCCUUUGCUUUUCAAACAAAAUAUUGUACUGUACUUGACACAAACCAAAGCUAUUCAGAGAAAUACCCAAAAAAGUGUUGCCUUGAUGAAUUAGUGGACACUGUUGCACUCUUUUGUAUAACCUAUGUACUUCAUUAACAUUGUGUUCCGAUGCUAAUUUCUGUGUGGUGAAUGUCAGCCUUGAGUUGAAUGGUUUUCUGUUCCAGGAGGUGCUAAAUUAACGCAAAAGUAAAGGAAUUACUUAACUUUCUGCCAUGCUACUGUGUAUACCAUCUACUGUAUCAUCUUAAUUUAUCUCAGCCAGAAGCAUAGGGGUAUGAUAACUUAAACUGCCAUGUAUAACUGCCCAUGGAAAUUAACUCGAAGGCCGCUCUUGUUAUUCUGAAUUGCAAGCAGCAGCCACAUGUAUUAAACAAAUAAGGGUCUGAAGCAUUGCAUGCCCAAUGGUUUCCCCUCAAUGGUUCUAAUGACCUGAAACAGUUCAGAAUGGGAUCUGUCCGGGUUCAUCACACCUGUCUGUGUGUUUAUGUGCAUGCUUGCGUGCUGUGGUGGAAAUGAUUUCUGCCUAGCACCAGCGACUUGUGAAAGACAAGCCUGACUUCUCCCCUCUCUGGGUACCAGGUGACUGAGCCCCAGCUGAGGGAGGAAGUGCAACUGCCAACACCAGAGUCCAAAAGGGACACAUUCUAAUAACAAGUAUAUCAUAUAAGCAUAUUAUGCAGAUAAGACAUCUUAAUUAUCUAUGUUACCUAACUAAUUUUGAUUCUUCCGCCACAGUGCGAGCGUGCGUGUGUGUGCGCGUGCAUGUGCGUCCGAUGCAAAUGUUCUGUGCCAUUGAAAUGCUGCAACCCAUCAAUGUAAUUUACAUAUCCUUUUAACAAGCCUCAAGCUCUGCUAUACCAUUAGUCAUACAGCUGUACAGUUCACCUGUAAUUUCCAAGCUCAAUAGUGUAGUUGUAACACAGGUAGAGAAAUGUAAGUAGGCAUGACAAUAUUUAAUUGUAAUAAAUGAGUGUUCAUUUUUC